CCGAGAAAGAUGCCAGAACCAGCGAAGUCUGCGCCUAAGAAGGGCUCCAAGAAAGCGGUGACCAAGAGCGCCGGGAAGGGCGGCAAGAAGAGGAAGAGAACCAGGAAGGAGAUCACAAUGGCAAGAACCAAGCAGACAGCCCGCAAAUCUACUGGAGGAAAAGCCCCAAGGAAGCAGCUGGCCACCAAGGCUGCCCGUAAGAGCGCCCCGGCCACCGGCGGCGUCAAGAAGCCUCACCGUUACAGGCCCGGUACUGUGGCUCUGAGAGAGAUCCGUCGCUACCAGAAAUCCACGGAGCUGCUCAUCCGCAAGCUGCCCUUCCAGCGCCUGGUCAGAGAGAUCGCUCAGGACUUCAAGACCGACCUGCGCUUCCAGAGCUCGGCUGUCAUGGCUCUGCAGGAGGCCAGCGAGGCUUACCUGGUCGGCCUCUUCGAGGACACCAACCUGUGCGCCAUCCACGCCAAGAGGGUCACCAUCAUGCCCAAAGACAUACAGCUGGCCCGCCGCAUCCGUGGAGAGAGAGCUUAGACCCGCACCAACUUUACACCCAACACAACGGCUCUUUUAAGAGCCACACAUACUCACUUUGAGAGCUCACCCACAUAAUGGUGUGUUCAUUUCUUCAAUAACUCCUUUAUAAAUGAAUGCAAUGUGAAAACAUCAAGU